AUGGCCGGCCGGCUGCGCGCUGUGAUCUCCGACGCGCACUGCCCUAUUGAUCUGUUCCAGGCCACGGCUCACUAUCCGGCACAGCUUGUACCGGCGACGGAGUUCCUUGUGCUACCGGACAAGGGAGCGAGCAGGCCCGCCCUCACCGUCGCGUACUCGGCGUCAUCGGGCUUGGUCUCGGACAUCCGUGGGUACAUCAACGGCUUGAUGGAGAGCGCUGCGCGUGGAUUGCCUUUGGCGGAAUCGCGCAAUGGCUGGAUCUGGACGCCCGAGUGCGAGCUUGGCCUGGGGUGUGUGUUUGCGGGUACCGGGCCAAUGCCCGAUGGCCCGCACGGCCCGCUCCUCGCCGACACCUGCAUAUCGAACCAGUUUGUCACAGUGUUCAGCAACAUGCUUGUGGCGCAGAGUCUGCCUCGCAUACUGCAUGGGCUCGAGCUGAAUGUCAGUGACGAGCCUUCGUCCUCGCACUGGCUGCUGUACCUGCGUAGCAUGAUGAUGUUCUGGAUUUGGCGGCCGGAUGGCCACAUCACAGACGCCGUCGAUGCCUUUCUUGCCGAGAGCGGUGUCGGCGACUCAUUUAUUGGCGUCCACAUCCGUCACGGCGACGCGUGCAACGACGACGAUGCCGCCUCUGAAGUGCGCUUUGACUCGCGCGUCUGCCUUGCUGUCGACAUGUACCUCGACCGCGUCCACAAGCUUGUGGGUCGCUACCCUAGCGGCACCUUCUCGGGCAUUGUCAUUGUUUCGGACACUUUUGAGCUGAGAAAAAUGCCAGAGGCCGCGCUGGAAGCGCACAGCCUCUCGCGGACAGGACGUCUGCCUGUUGCUCAGCUUCCAGCCUCGUUUGAGCUCUAUGCAUCGGCAACAUUCAUCGAGGAGCGGGCCAAGAACAACCUGGAUACCGCCACAAUCCGGACCAUAGUCCAUGAGGCAGUGAUGGCAGUCGAGGUUCUGAGUCGGGCGAGCGCCUUUGUGGGCACCCUCUCGUCGGCCAUCUCGAGAUCGUCGUUCGAAAUGAUGGUCGCCCGGCGAGCCGGCCGCGUGCCGCCGUUCAUCUCGCUUGACCUCCCCUACUGUGACUUUUUCGUCUCUCCCGAGGAUUAUGACCUUGAUGAUCGCGAUCCGCAGCUCUGUUGGUGAUUGGCUGGUCAGUCUGCACAGUGUAUGACCAGACAGCUUGCUCCAUGCGCUUGUGGCUGCCUGUGUGUAUGAUGUACGCUACAGAAGGGGGGGGGAACUGUAAUAGAGAGCUCG